AUGAAGGGUAUCGUAUUCCUAUUUUUGGUGCUGGCUUUUCUCGCUUGUCUUGUCGUUUUCAUUGAAGCAAAUCCGAGAGUCAAGCGCUGGCACAGCCACAGCCACUCUCAUUCUCACUCACACGAGUGGCAUCACCAUCAUCAUCACGGCGGAUGGGGAGGCCAUCAACAACAAUAUUAUCCUCAGCAACAACGUCCAUGGGGAUGGGGAAAA